GUGACUGAGACUAAUAUAAAAUUGGCUUCUAGCAGGGAGACGAAGAACCAUCCUGCCGAAUACUCUCUCCAUGCCAAUGGAAGCUCUUUGUUUUGCGCAUACUCAAUCGCCCCAUUUCCAUGGCAAAAUCUGUAUCCCGCCGACAUUCAAUUACACCGUCAAGUCCUCCGCGGCUGACGUCAGGAGAACAGCUCCCCGAGCUUCAAUCUUCGCCGCUCUCUCCAGAGCGGCGGCGGCGGCGACGGAGGUCCUGCCCGCUACAUCUCCGGCCACGGAGAAGAAGUCGCGGCUCGCGCCUUCUCCGGAACUGCCGUUAGUUUCUCCGAGCUCCCUCACUUCUGAGCCGGGAUGCGUUCUGCCGAAACUGCCUUCGCCCGGCGAGAAUGGCUCCCUUGGCCCCAGCGGUAUUGAGUAUUUGACCGGAAUUUUGUCUUCUAAGGCUUACGAUGUGGCGUUUGAGUCCCCGCUGCAGUUGGCCACGAAUCUCUCCCGGAAGCUGGGGAACAACAUCUGGAUCAAACGGGAGGAUCUUCAACCUGUCUUCUCAUUCAAACUUCGAGGAGCUUAUAAUAUGAUGGCCAGACUCCCAAAGGAGCUUCUGGACAGAGGAGUCAUAUGUUCAUCUGCUGGAAAUCACGCUCAAGGCGUUGCGUUAGCUGCAAAGAAACUUGGUUGCACUGCUGUAAUUGUGAUGCCUGUUACUACACCUGAGAUCAAGUGGAAAUCAGUAGAAAGACAAGGGGCAACUGUUGUCCGCAUUGGGGACACAUAUGAUGAAGCACAAGCAUAUGCCAAAAAGAGGGCCCAAGACGAAGGGCUUACAUUUGUCCCUCCAUUUGAUCACCCUCAUGUAAUCAUGGGACAGGGCACAGUUGGAAAGGAAAUUAUGAGCCAAGCAAAAUGUCCGAUAGAUGCAAUAUUUGUGCCGGUUGGUGGGGGUGGGCUUAUUGCAGGCAUCGCUGCCUAUGUUAAGAUGGUGGAUCCGAAUGUGAAGAUAAUUGGAGUUGAGCCAAAUAAUGCGAAUGCUAUGGCUUUAUCUUUGCAUCAUGGUCAUAGAAUAAUGCUGGACCAAGUCGGAGGUUUUGCAGAUGGCGUGGCUGUUAAAGCAGUCGGGGAAGAAACUUUCCGUUUAUGCAGGGAUUUAAUAGAUGGGGUUGUCUUUGUUACCCGUGAUGCCAUUUGUGCCUCAAUAAAGGACAUGUUUGAGGAGAAAAGGAGCAUUCUAGAGCCAGCAGGUGCACUUGCUCUAGCAGGUGCAGAAGCAUACUGCAAACAUUACAACCAAAAGGAUCAAAAUAUAGUUGUUAUUGCCAGCGGGGCCAACAUGAACUUUGAUAGACUAGGACAGGUAACUGACCUAGCAGAUAUUGGUAGACAAUGUGAGGCUGUCCUUGCUACCAAUCUUCCAGAAGAACCUGGCAGUUUUAAGAAAUUUGUUGAACUUUUGGGUCCUAUGAACAUUACUGAAUUCAGAUACCGAUACAAUUCUGAUAAAGGAAAAACUUUGGUCUUAUACAGGCAAGUGUUCUAUGAUGAUUCUUUGAGUGUUGGUCUUCAUACGAGAGUGGAACUAGCCUCAAUGAUGGAGAGGCUGACUCUUUCCCAAUUUCAAACCAUUAAUUUAACAGAUAAUGACCUUGUCAAGGAUCACCUACGCCAUUUGAUUGGUGGUCGAUCAUGUGUACAAGAUGAACUUCUUUGCCGGUUUGUUUUCCCAGAGAGGCCCGGAGCUCUAAUGAAAUUCUUAGACGCAUUCAGCCCACGUUGGAAUAUAAGUUUGUUCCAUUACCGCUCACAGGGAGAAAGUGGUGCAAAUGUAUUAGUUGGCCUUCAAGUUUUGAGCAAGGAGAUGAACGAGUUCAAGCAUCGUGCAAACAAAUUGGGUUACGAGUAUGCCGUGGAAACACAUAAUGAGGCUUUCCAACUCCUUAUGCAUUGAAGAGGUCUAUUUUUCAGACCAUAACGAUCUUAUGGCUGUGAAAAAAAUAAACUUUUUUCUGGGGCAAUCAUAUAUCCAUAUGGCUGUGUAAACCCCAUUGUGCCUAUUUGAUAAAGCUUAUCAUUCUUAGCAAGUAUUCUUAUAGCACAAUCUUGUGUUUUUAAAUGGCCUGUAAUCUACAUCUGUGAUGUGUUUUUUUGGUUAUUGGAACUUAUAAUGUGCCCCUUAAUAGUCUGUAUUUGGUGUAAUAUAAUGUGUAAACCCUU